AUGACUGAUGCAGACCCUCCACCAGAGGCCCAACGCUUUGGUAGAUCUCAGACACCCGAAUCUCCUCGUCCGGUCCAUAUUCCUGAACCUUCAACGAUCCCGGUCCUGCUGAACCAGAUGGACCCAGUCUUCAAUGACACCGAGACAUAUAACAUCCCUCAUAACCAAACUUUCUCUCCUUACUCAGACUCUGCCCGCGCUAUGAAUGAGAAUGAUCCAAACGAUCCAAACUCGGAAGAGCAAGACGUGGUUCAAAAUUUCCUGAGAGGCGCCGAGGAGGAAAAUGCUCGUCUCGACAAUUCUGCCCAGUUCUCCUCCACAAACGGCCAGAUGCUCCAGAAUGAUGCCGCCAUCGAAUCCAAUCUUGUCUCAGCCCUUGCAAACGCUUCGGCGUAUCCACAGUCAUCUGAAGCCCAUGCCAAUCCGCCUCCAGGUGCUGCCAGCCAGGUCCAAGAUCCUGCCCAAACGAGCAAUGAUACUUCGUCAGCCGCUGAUUCCACUGUCAAUCCUGAUACCAGCAACAAUGCGCAAGCCGAAGGAGAGAGCACGUCCGAGGCAGAGCCUGCCGUGAUUCCCAGCUUUCAAACAAAUGAAGGUGGAGUAGACUAUCAGUCGCUUCUGGAUACCAUUUCUAAAUCUGCUUCUACUGCUCCUGCUGCAGACCCUGUUUCUGCCCCAACUACUGCCACCUCGCUUGCCAACCAUGGAGCCCAGUCAUUAUUUCCCAUUCCAGGUUUACCCCCCAAGCCACCAAGUCAAGCUCAAUCUUCAGAUUCUCCCGCUAUUCACACGUUUCAUAACUCCACCAACGAUCAACUGGAGCAAUAUCAGCAAGUGAGUCCGGACCACGCCAAUGCCAAUGGCACCGACCAAUCUGCUCUCCCGCCCGCGCAGUUCCAGCCUCCACCCGCUUCUAUGCAAGCCCCGGGCACGUGGGGGUAUUCUGGCAUUCAAGCGUCACCCACAAGCACCGAACCUACCUCUCCCGCCCAAUCUCUCCAGGCGCCGGAACAAGGAAAGGCAUUUGAUGCGAAUGAACGCCCAUGGACCCCCAGCACACAAGCGCUUUAUGACUCUUUCCUUGAGGAUGAGCGGAGGUAUGUGACGGAGGGGAUUUGGGACAAAUUUCCUCAAGGCUCACGUCUUUUCGUCGGUAAUCUGCCUAGUGAAAAGGUCACCAAGCGUGACAUCUUUCAAAUUUUCCACAAGCACGGGAGGCUUGCCCAGAUCUCCAUCAAACAGGCAUACGGGUUCGUCCAGUAUCUUGAGGCGUCAUCGUGUCAGGCAGCACUCCAAGCGGAACAAGGCGUGGAAAUCAGGGGAAGGAAAAUUCACCUCGAGAUAUCGAAGCCUCAGAAGAAUACACGGGGUCAACAAGGCCAGCAAGGAAACAAAAGACGUCGAUCUCGAUCACCAGAUCGCGGCGCCUCGCGUCAGAACGACCGGUCUGGACGUCCUAACUAUAGUGAUUUUCGAGAUGAACGAGGUAGGCGUGAUGAGUAUCGACGAAGUCCUUCACCUAGAGGCUAUCGGUCCAGAGAUGACUACCGGCAACCUGUUCAAAGUCCUCGUUAUGGCACCGGUGGGAGGCCAAUUUCGCCUUUUGCUAGCAACUUCUCAAACCCACCCUCGGCAGGUUAUGAUGAGGAGGCCACCCUUCCCUUGCCUCGAAGAGACCCGCGAGAUGUACCGGAUGUACAACUGCUCAUCCUGGAACCUUCGGUGGCCCCUAGCUUCAUGAACUGGAUCGAACAGGGCUUCCGGAACAAAGGUCUACGUGCUUCCACAAUAUGGCUCAGUCCUCGACUACCACUGAACGCUGUGGUGAAACGGCAAAUCAUUGAAGGCGUGCAGGCUGUUGUGAAACUGACACAAGCCAAUCAGUACAACAGCAAGAUACCCUUGCAAGUUUUUGAUCGGAGUCAAGGGACGUCGAACGUCAACUUUAACGAAUACGUUGAUCUUGAUGUCCCCGUCGCUGCAGAUAUUGCGCUCCAUGCUCGACAGAAGGAAAGGGGAGGCGUGCAGCAGCAAAGUCCCCAAUCGUAUCAGCCACAAGGGUAUUCCCAGUACGGGUAUGCUCCUCCGCCGGCACAGUACCCGCCAGCACCUUUCCCUCAACACCACCAGCAACCGCAACCGCAACCGCAACCGCAACAGCACAACCAGUACCAAUACGGUCAGAACGCCCAUUAUCAUAAUCCGGCACAGACGCCGGUGACUCCGAACUCUGCUACAGCGGCCCCCAAUCUGCAGCAACUGUUAGCCAAUCUCCGGCAGCCUGGUGAUGGGCAGCCAGAGAGUGCUACGCAAAAUGGCAAGCCGACGCCCGACCUGGCAGGUCUUCUAAGUAACGUUGCCCGUCAACAGCAGGGCCAUGGCGGAGCACCAUUCCCCUCGCCGCAUGGCCCUCCGCAUCAGCAGCAGCAACCACAGCAGCAAGGCUAUGUACCUGGCGCACCGGCUUAUGCAGCUGGGCAGCAAUCCCAACAGAACGUACAGAAUAUUAUGGAGACCUUGGCAAGGUACAAUAGAUGA